UCAUUCUCACAUGAGGGGCGCCAUGUCUGCACAUGCGACCAAUGAACGCAACGACAGACCUCUUUUGCAGGACUGCGAAAUGGACAGUGAGGAGGCUCUUUCCAGCAGUGGUUCCCCUCCAAAUAAGGCUGAUGCUGAGUGUUUAGAUGAAACACCCAGUCUGGAGACCCUUGAGGAAGUCCUACAUGGUGGACAGAGUUCCUGUAAUCAUGUGGAUAAAGUGUGGCCUAACCUGUUUUUAGGGGACAUGUACAUGUCCCAUGACCGGUACGGUUUAUGGCUUCUGGGCGUCACACAUGUGUUGAAUGCAGCUCAUGGGAAAAUGUGCUGCAAGGGCACCGAUGACUUCUAUGGCACCACUGUCAGUUAUUACGGUGUGCCUGCCAACGACCUGCCGACCUUCGACCUUUCACCUUUCUUCUACCCAGCUGCACAGUUCAUUCACCAGGCCCUCAGCAAGCCCAAUGCCAAGGUGUUUGUGCACUGCGCAGUGGGCGUGAGUCGGUCGGCUGCGCUCGUCCUGGCGUACCUCAUGAUCCACCACAACUACACACUGCUUGACGCCAUCCUGCGGGUGAAGGAGAGCCGAUGGAUCUUCCCCAAUCGCGGCUUCCUCAGAAAUCUUCAGUCGUUAGAUGAACAACUGCGGAGAGAGAGGAAUGAGCGAUCACAUGAUGAAUGUUUAACUCCAAACGAAGUAAAAACAGACCUUUCACUUUGAGGAAAA